AUGGGUAUAAGCGUCAUAUACAUGAAGGCAAACCACUUUUCUCUAACCUUCUGCCAUCUUGGGUGCCUUCAACUUUUCAUGGGCAUUAUUGUUUUAUUAUCCAAUGAAGACAUACCAAAAAGCAAAUUAAAAAAUAGCGUUGCUUUAAAACUAGAAGCCUUAGAAGGAGGGAUACAAUUUUCAGUUAUCUCAGAGACAUUUAGACAGUCAACCAGAACAAAGUUCAAUCGGCGUUUUACAGCUAACAAUGAAAAACCUGCUGAACAUUUAUUUCAUUCAGACUGCAGAUUUGGACAAUUCCAAAAUAUGCACUUGAAACUUAUUUUCACGCUACAAAUUCUGAAUUUUAAUUCAGUUUUAUUAAAAGAGAAUAAAAAGGAAAGUUUUGCCGAGAACUGCAUGAACAUACAGAAUACAAUUCGACAGUUCUAUGGUUCCCCUCCUGUGGAAUGGGAUAAUGUUCUUGCGGAUCGUGCACAAGCCUUGGCACUGUACCUCAGUGAAACCCAGGGGAAAUAUGCCUUAGAAAACAGAGUAUGGAUACAUUCUAAAUAUGGUGAUAAUGUCUACGCGACGGAUGAUCCAAAACGUGUAGACAAUAUCUGCUUCUUGGCAAGCAUUGCGUGGCUGAGAGAAGAAUAUGAAAAUUCCACUCGUCGAGGACGAUUUCAACAAAUGCUGCAGACGGAAGGUCAAAAGGUUGGCAUCGGUGACGCAGGACGGGCAGGCGAAAUGCACUUUCUUGUUGCAUCAUAUUUUCCUCCUGAACCAAUUAGGAAAAAACGGCGCCGCUUUAAUCGCAGAAGAAUAAGUUCGGGCUGCAUCUGGGAGAUCGUUACUAAAAACAACACUAAGCCAAGUUCAAGACAGAGAUCAAAUUAUCGUAAAUUACUGCGACAAUUUAAAACGAGAAAUAAUACAUUCUUUUACAACAGUACCAAACCAUGUCACAAGAUCAAGAAGGAAGGUACUCGAGUGAACGGAGAAGCUUUAAUGCGAGACAUCCAGGAAUUAGAAUCAAGAGCAAUUUUAGAAAAUGGGCUUAAAAAAAAGCCUGCAGGAAGGCUAAAACAUGGAACAAAAAGUGUUUUUUUAAACGCAGCCGACGCAAAAAAAGAAAUUCAAGAAGACUCAAAGCAGAGUUCUAACGACCAAAACGUAUUCCCUGCAUCGGGAGGUGUGAAGACAACACAGGACCACGCAUCGAAGAUAAUUCUAGUUCCAAUUUCUGAACCAGCACAACCUCAACAGCCUCAAGUGCCAACCUCACAACCUGCAAAAACUGUACCAUCCGCCCAGCUCAUAAACACCUAGGAAUUCCCAGCAGAAAUCAAGCCAGCAACUACGAAAAUCAUUGCAGUUAUAUAGUUUUACGUAAAUGAUAAACUAACUCGUAGUUUCAUAUAAUUGUCCUGCACGAUCUGCCAUUAUGCGAGGUACUAUUUAAUAAUUAGUCGCCGAAGGCGAGGUAAUUACAAGCCCAUAUUUACUGAACCGAAUUUCUUAUUUGAAAAACAACAACAA